AUGGAAAAGGGAUACAUUAAGGAGAGCAUGAGCCCAUGUGCUGUUCCGGUGUUACUUGUACCUAAAAAGGAUGGUAGUUGGAGAAUGUGCGUAGAUUGCAGAGCCAUCAACAAUAUCACUGUAAAGUACCGCCACCCUAUUCCUCGCUUAGAUGACAUGCUAGAUGAGUUACAUGGGUCUUGUGUGUUUUCUAAAAUUGAUCUUAAGAGUGGAUAUCACCAAAUUCGUAUGAAGGAGGGUGAUGAGUGGAAAACUGCAUUUAAGACUAAGCAUGGAUUAUAUGAAUGGCUUGUGAUGCCUUUUGGGUUAACAAAUGCACCUAGUACUUUUAUGAGGUUAAUGAAUCAUGUCUUGAGAGCAUUCAUAGGAGUUUUUGUGGUUGUGUAUUUUGAUGAUAUCUUGAUCUACAGUCGAAGCCUAGAUGACCAUGUAGAGCAUUUGAAAACUGUUUUAGAUGUUCUUAGGAGGGAGCAACUGUUUGCCAAUUUCAAGAAAUGCACUUUUUGCACAGAUAACCUUGUUUUUCUAGGAUUUGUUGUGAGUGCACAGGGCAUUAAGGUGGACGAAGAAAAGGUAAAGGCAAUUCGAGAGUGGCCUAGUCCAAAGACGGUUGGUGAAGUCAGGAGUUUCUAUGGUCUUGCCGGCUUCUAUCGGAGAUUUGUGAAGGAUUUCAGCACCAUUGCUGCUCCUCUCACUGAGGAAUUGGAGCUGUGCUGA